CUUGCACUUCCUCCCCAUCCCGCUAAUCGCUCACCUCCUCAGUCCAUGGCGUGGGCUGUGUCCAAAUGGCUUUGACAUCAUGGAAAGCGUUCAACUUCUUCGAUGUCUCGUCGGUGAAGCUCCCGGAGGAGAGCUCAUCUAUUCUCGGUUCUGAUAUUCUCUCCCUCUGCUCCGGCUCCUCUCACCUUUUCCUCGGCUCCAACGAUGGCUUUGUCCAUAUCAUCUCCUCGUCUUUCAAACUCGUCCGCUCGUUCAAGGCAUCGGAGACCGGCUCGAUCGCACACAUCAAGCAGAUAGACGCAUCCUCAUUGCUGUUGACCAUCGCGGAAGAUCUUCCGAACGAACCGAUAUUGAAGGUCUGGGCCCUCGACAAGAUCGAGAAGAAGACCGGUGCCCCACGAUGCCUGUCAACGACGUCCAUCCAGAAUGCGAGGAGGAUAUUUCCCGUUUCUGCGUUCACUGCUCUGGACGACCUGUCCCAGGUGGCAGUUGGAUUUGCGAAUGGGUCUGUCACGAUUAUCCGCGGUGACCUGAUUCACGACCGCGGAGCAAGGCAGCGCAUUGUGUUCGAGUCAGAGGAGCCAGUGACGGGACUCGAGGUACAGAGUGGUCCGGUCGCGACCUUAUAUAUCUCGACGACUAGCCGAAUGCUGGCCCAGAUCAUCUCUGGCAGAGGUCAGGGCCAACCGGCGCGCAUCCUGGAUGACAUGGGCUGUGCCGUUGGCUGCAUGUGCCUGGACAAGGAUACCGGCGAUGUCCUCGUUGCUCGCGAGGAUGCGAUAUAUACCUAUGGGUCACACGGACGCGGACCCAGUUACGCUUUCGAAAGUCGGAAAGACUCGAUCAACAUUUUUAAGGACUACAUCGCAUUGGUCUGCCCGCCACGCGACACAUCCUCGCGGCCCGACGCUUUGCGCAACCUCAAUGUCAGCCAGGCGGACGACAUCUUUAAGACGACCAUGUUUACGCUCCUGGACACGGAUUUGAAAUUCAUCGCGCACUCCGAGUCGCUCGUAUCUGCCGUCAAAAAGAUAUUCAUCGAAUGGGGCGAUCUCUUUCUUCUUACCACGGAUGGCAAGCUCUAUCGGUAUCGCGAAAAGACCCUCCAACAGAAGCUUGAGAUUCUUUAUCAACGGAACCUAUACAUUCUGGCUAUCAAUAUCGCCCAAAAGACUGGUGUGGACACUCUGCAGCAGAAUGCUAUCUACCGAAAGUACGGAGAUUUCUUAUAUCAAAGGGGCGACUACGACACUGCAAUGCAACAGUAUCUUCGAGCGAUUGAUAACACAGAACCAUCGCAAGUCAUUCGAAAGUAUCUGGAUACCCAGCGAAUACACAACCUCAUUGAAUAUCUGGAGGAGUUACACGACCAUGAUAAAGCCACAGUUGAUCACACCACGCUACUACUGAAUUGCUACGCCAAAUUGAAGGACACGACCAAACUAGAUGAAUUCAUCAAAGCCCCUGGAGAGCUGAAGUUUGACCUUGAGACUGCCAUCGCAAUGUGUAGGCAGGGUGGGUAUUACGAACAAGCGGCCUAUCUUGCCACGAAGUAUGGUGAAAAUGAUAUGGUCGUUGAUAUCCUGAUUGAGGACUCAAAGAAAUACGCCGAGGCUUUGGAGUACAUUUGGAGGCUGGAUCCAGAAUUGGCUUACCACAACCUGAUGAAAUAUGCCCGGGUGUUGCUCUCCAACUGCCCGGAGAAAACCACUGAGCUCUUCACGAAAUACUACAAGGGGCAGUACAGGCCAAGGACUGAAGUUGAGACCCCCGUUGAACCACAAGCGCAGCAGAGUAGCACUUUACAGAGUCUAGCAGCCUUUCUCCCUCUUCCUCUGAUGAAUGCUAGUUCUGGACCGAAGGCUGAACCUUUGGAAAGCUCACGCGAAGUCCAAGGUGAAGAUGUCGAAGAAUUGAUAGAAUAUCAGGUUCCAAAGCCAAGAACCGCCUUUUCAGUAUUCGUCGGCCACCCCGAUGAGUUUAUCUCAUUCCUCGAAGCUCUUAUCGAGAAAGAGGAUUUGAAAGAGGAUGAGAAGAUUGACCUCUAUACAACCCUCUUUGAAAUGUAUCUGGAUACUGCAGGUCGGAAGAAGGAUGCUACUGACAAGGAGGCUUGGGAGAACAAAGCCAAAAAGCUCAUCGAGGGGAAAGAUAUACCUAUAUCCACCUCGAGUGUUCUGCUGUUAUCCGACUUGUCCGGCUUUCGGGAGGGAUCCACUCUUGUCCGCGAGCAAGAAGGUCUGCGAUCAGACAUCUUCCGUUCUUUUACAUCGGCAAAGGAUACCAGCGGUGCUAUCAAAGCGUUGAAGAAAUAUGGACCGGAAGAUCCGCAGCUCUACGUGGAUGCGCUUACCUAUUUUGCUUCAAGCCCCAAGAUUCUCGAGGAAGCAGGAGACGAACUGGAUGCUGUUCUCAAACGUGUUGACGAAGCUGGUCUUAUGACCCCGCUGCAGGUCAUUCAGACUUUGAGUAACAACGCAGUCGUCACGAUGGGUCGUGUCAAGAAGUACCUCAGCGAGAACAUUGAACGCGAAAGGAAGGAAAUCUCUACGAACCGCCGAUUGAUCAAUAGUUACAGCAAGGAGACUGAAAGUAAGCGUAAGGAGCUGGAGCAAUUGGGGACCCAACCGGUAGUAUUCCAAUCGCGCCGGUGUAACUCCUGCGGUGGCGCACUCGAUCUGCCUACGGUUCACUUUCUCUGCAAACAUUCUUUCCACCAGCGGUGCCUCAACAGGGUGGACGAAGAUGCGGAAUGUCCAGCUUGUGCACCACAAAACUCUACCAUCAAAGCCAUCCGCAAGCGGCAGGUCGAAUCGGCAGAUCAACACGACCUGUUCAAGGGAGAACUGCAGCGCUCGAAGGACCGAUUCGGGGUUAUCAGCGAGUUUUUCGGACGGGGGGUGAUGCGAGCCCAGAGUACUAUGGAGUGAUGCAGCCUUUUUGUUUCUAGCACAGCCUUGCAUUUGAAGUGAAUAGAUCAUGAUAUCACAU